CAUGGACUCGGACAACAACAUGCCGGGUGUGAACGGAGAAAUCAAGAAAGAUGGCCUUGAAACUGAAGAGGAAAAGCGAGAUCUUGGUUCAAAACCGAAGAAAUUGGAAGAGAAAAGCUCUAAGACUCGAAAAACGUCUGAGGUUUCAGUAUUAGAUGCGGAACGACAGUGUUUAGUGCAACGACCAUCCGAUCAGCAAUGGCAUCCUGCUGAAAUCAUACACAUAAGACCGGUAGAUGAGGGAAAAUCGGAGUAUUACGUUCAUUAUCAUGGAUUCAACAGACGCCUGGAUGAGUGGGUCCCAAUGGAAAGAGUUGAUCUUCAACAGAAAGACGUCCACAUGCAUGUUCCAAUUGUAGAGGAGAAAAUUGACAUUGAAGGUCCAGAAAGGAAACUAACGAGAAAUCAGAAACGCAAACAUGAUGAAAUUAAUCAUGUUCAGAAGACCUAUGCAGAAAUGGAUCCUACAACGGCAGCCUUGGAGAAAGAACAUGAAGCUAUCACCAAGAUAAAGUAUGUAGAUAAGAUCCAGUUUGGCAAAUAUGAGAUUGAUGCUUGGUACUUUUCACCCUUCCCUGAGGAAUAUGGAAAGCAGAAUAAACUGUGGGUCUGUGAAUAUUGCAUCAAGUACAUGAAGUUUGAGGAAACAUACAAAAAGCACUUGGGAAGGUGUAGCAUGCGACAGCCUCCUGGGAAAGAAAUAUAUCGCAAAGGAACAAUUUCAGUGUAUGAAGUAGAUGGGAAGGAAAAUAAGUUAUAUUGUCAGAACAUUUGUCUCCUUGCAAAAUUAUUCCUGGAUCACAAGACUCUGUACUUUGAUGUGGAACCGUUCUUGUUUUACUUGCUAACUGAAGUGGACAGAGAAGGUGCCCAUCUAGUUGGAUACUUCUCCAAGGAGAAAGAAUCACCGGAUGGUAACAAUGUAGCAUGUAUACUGACUUUACCACCCUAUCAGCGAAAAGGAUAUGGAAAAUUCUUGAUAGCCUUCAGUUAUGAAUUGUCCAAAAUCGAGCAGAUGGUUGGAUCACCAGAAAAGCCCUUGUCAGAUCUUGGCAAGUUAAGUUACAGAAGCUACUGGUCCUGGAUUCUACUGGACAUACUGCGGAACUUCAGAGGAACACUUUCCAUUAAGGAUCUUAGUAACAUGACAAGUAUUACACAGGAGGAUAUCAUCAAUACAUUGCAGUCGUUGAACAUGGUGAAAUACUGGAAAGGUCAACAUGUGAUAUGUGUCACGCCCAAACUUGUCGAGGAGCAUGUCAAGAGUGCGCACUACCGCAAACCAGUACUGUCAGUAGACACGUCAUGUCUGAGGUGGGCUCCACCAGGAAAGAAAAUCAAAAAGUUGAAGCAUUGAACUGGUGUGACCAACAACAAGAUAUAGGAACCGAUCAUAAUUAGGUAGUUGUGGUCUGCAUGGGAAGGCUAAGUAACGAUAAGCUGGAAGCACGUUGAGGUGUGAAGAUUUCCAAUAACUAGAGGGAUUUUCUUGCUUGGGUGGUCAAUAGAGUUGGAAAGUUACAUAGUCCAAGAGUUGUGAAUGAUUUUGGUCUUCAGUUGCGUUUUGUCUUCUGUGAGUUUCACUCGGUAUACAACCUUCAAGGCUUCGCAGGAGAAUGACUAUCGACUUGACAUGUGGAACAAAAACAUCUAUUUGUUUAUAGUAUUACGUCUACGAGCUGAUAUAGCAAAAAACCUGAAGCAGUUGAGGUGCGUUGUCGCGUAUCAGGGAAAACUUAGGUAAAUUAACAGGAAAUACUUUAGCAAUUUGAAAAGUAAACGACCAUGCGGACUAGUAUAGAUUACGUGAUGAUAGGCUUGGAAAAUUGUGAAAAGCGUUGCUAAAGUACAGUUACAUAUUGGCCAAGACUACUGGGCAUUGUGUCGGAAACUGCCUUGAGUGAUAAAGAACAAGGCAUCGUUUAGCUUUUAUGGACGUCAAGGUCGCCAUCAGAGCUAACGUGUAAGUUGCUGUUUUAAUUUUGAAACUGCAUUUCGUGCAUAAGAUCCAUCUACCCACAAAGAAUGAAAUACAGACUUUGAAAUUUUAACCAUUUGAUCGAACACUUGAAGAGUGCAGAUGUUGUCGUCCUCGUUUGAUUUUCUUGCUUUCCGUCUAAUGGGUCAACUUUAGUAACACACCAUCGCAAACUCGUGUUUUUUAUUAUCACGUGUAUAAACCUGUAUUAAAGGCAAAUACUUUCAAGUAGA